AUGCACCCUCCCAAGAGAAAAAAAAAACUCUAGAAAUACACACCAAACUGAGCUUAUGCAUGUGAGUACGGAUUCAGUCUGUAUCAGGUGGUCAUUUCAACAAGAGGAGGGGUAGAGAAGAAAGGAUCAAAUGGCCUUUUUAUACAAUGCAGAGGAUUAACCCCUUAGGUUCCACAGUGAGUAUAACAAGCAUGCUUUACUGCCAGGGGCGGACUGACCAUUUGGAAACUCGGGUACUGCCCGAGGGCCCGGAGUCAGUAGGGGGCCCCAUGAGUUGC